GCAGGAGACCCGGAGGGCGGGGCGGAAAGGCUGGCCUGGCCUCUAAUUGGCGGAGAGAUAAGGCUCCGGGCGCGUGAGGAGUAGAGAGGGGCGGUGUCAGCCUGAGAGGAGGGAGCUCUGCAGAGGAGCGGGGAGUCCGAGGGGGCGGGAAUCCUGGGGAGGAGACUGGGCAUGCGCACUGGCUGCACCAACCAUUUGUCCGAGAGUGGGCGGGGGAAUACAAGGGCAGUUGUGAGACUGAUCAUGCGCGGAGGCUGGCUAACUGGAAGGAGUGUAACCUGAAACUGACAGUGAGGGGAUGAUACUGAGCAUGCGCGAAGCCAGCCACUGACCUUGUGGAUGGCGUCGGAAAAGAAAAGCUGACUUUGUUUGGGAUUCCUGAAGGUAGGUCUGUGGCGGAGCGUCAGCGGCGCUGCCGAGAAGAGACGGGAAACUGGCUGGGCGGAGGUGGGAGGGGAGCGAGAGCGGGGGGUGAAGGGCUGAGCCCCGGCACGUAGGGGCGUGGAGCCCCCCCGGCUGCCCCGACCUUGGCUGUGGCGGGGAGACCCUGCAGACCCGGGGCUGCUGCAGACCUAGGCUGCACGACUGGGAUGUCUCCGCCGGAGAAAUCUCCCUGGCACAGACGUUCAUCCUCUGCGAUCCUUCAUGGUUAUUUUCUUUCUGAGGACGCCGUACCCGAAUAGACUAGAGAAAGGAGGAAAUAGCUCCCGGGUUCCUGACUGGCAAGGACGAGGAGGUGAUCAGUGGAUUCUUUCUGUCUUCACUUUGCUCUCUGAUUCUAGUAGUGUGUGGACUUCGGGAAGAGGAGGAAUAGAGCAUUUGGCCCGAAUGUCUAAGGAGACAAUUCAGCCUCCUAAAGCUCCUGCCUUUGCUCAGGACAGGAGUCUAGCAGAACGAAGUACUUUUGGGUUGCUGACCACCAGAUACCAGAAUCCAGUGACAUUCAGGGAUGUAGCUGUGGACUUCUCACUGGAGGAGUGGAAAUGCCUGAGCCCUGCUCAGAGGGCCCUGUACAGGGAUGUGAUGCUGGAGAACUAUGAGAACCUGGCCUCUGUGGGACCAAGGCUUCCAUUUUCCAAACCAUAUGUGAUCUCCCAGUUAGAAAGAGGAGAAGCACCAUGGAUGCCUGAGGAGGAAGUUCCCAGAGACCACUGGCCAGAUUUGUUUAAUCAAAAGAGCAGGUAUGAGAACCAGGACCUGGCUCUGACUGAUGGAACCUGCCUGGGAGCAUCAGCCACGGAAAGAGGACUACAGAACAGUCCCUGGUGUCCUAGUAUGGGAGAAUCCAGGACGUCUUUGGUCAAGUUAAAGUGCCAGAAGGGUCCCCAGGAUGGAGAAUGCCCCCAGUUAACUGUCACUCACAAAGGAUCGUCUUCUCAGGGGAAUGUACUAGAAAAGAAUUCUUUGGGGAGACAUGUUAAUCUGGGGCCAGUCUGUUUUGCCCAAGAAAAUGCUGCUAUGGGAAAAAGUCUCUAUAAAUGUAAUAUACUUGCAAAGAGCCUAAGAAACUUUUCAGACAAAAUUCAGUGUAACAGAUUCUCCUCAGGGAAGAAGCUUCAUAAGUGUCACAUAGGCAGGAACUUUUUCAUCUACCACUCAGAUGCCAUUAAAUGUCAUAUAGCUGGUGAAGAGUUCUAUGAAUGUAAUGAAUGUGGGAAAGCUUUUGAGAAAAGAUCAAAUGUCACUGAAUGUCAGCAAAUUAAUUCUAGAGAGAAACCCACUGAACUCAGUAAAUGUGAGAAGGAAACCCUUAUUAGACAUCAGGAAGUUCCUACUGGAGUGAAACUCUUUGAAUGUAAAGAAUGUGGGAAAUCCUUCAGGGAGAAGCGAUAUCUUAAAAGCCAUCAAAGGACUCAUACUGGAGAGAAACCUUUUGAAUGUAAUGAAUGUGGGAAGGCUUUCAGUGUCAGGCAGAACCUUUCUAGACAUCAGAGAAUUCAUGUUGGCCUGAGACCCUUUCAGUGUAAUGAAUGUGGGAAAGCCUUCAGGAUGAAGGAUCAUCUUAACAUGCAUCAGAGAACUCAUACAGGGGAGAAACCUUUUGAAUGUAAUAAAUGUGAGAAAGCCUUCAGCCAUAGGGGGAGCCUUAGUAGGCAUCAGAGAAUGCAUAUUGCAGUAAAACCUUUUGAAUGUACUGAAUAAGGAAAAGCCUUCAAUGAUGGGCUAAAUGCUAAUAGCCAUCAGAGAAUUCAUACUGGAGUGAAACUCUUAGAAUGUAAUGAAUAUAGGAAAGCCUUCAGAGUAAAGCAUCGCCUUAAAAGCAGUCAGAGAGCUCAUACUGUAGAAAAAUGCUUUUGAAUAUAGCAAAUGUAGAAAGUAGUUCAGGAAGAAGCAAACCCUUAUCACCUGUCAGAGCAUUCGUGUCGGAAUGAAACCUUUGGGAUGUGAUGAAUGUGGGGAAGACGUUCAGCGUAUAUCAUCACCUUAGAGUGCACCAGAGAAUUCAUACUGGAGAAAAACCUUUCUAGUGCAAUGCAUGGGGAAAUGCAUUCAGGAAGAAGCAAACCCUUAUCACCCGCCAGAGCAUUCGUGUCGGAAUGAACCUUUGGGAUGGUGUGACUGUGGAAAAGCCUUCAAGGGGAAGGAUUACUUCAACUCAUAGGAUCACAGGAUACUCAUAUUGAAGAGAAACUCUUUAAAUUGAAGGAAUGUAGGAAAACCUUGAAUGACCAGCAGAAUUUUAUCAGGUAAUUCUGAGUGGAAGGAAAUUUCUUUCAGACUGAAAGAAUACCUUAUCAGCCAUGAGACAACUCAUACAGAUACAAAAGGCUGUGAAUAUAAUGAAUGUGGGAUAAUCUUCAGCCACCAAGGAAGACAAUAAGCAUUUGAAAACUCAUACUGGAAGUAAACCUUUUGAAUGUAA